AUGCAGUUAGGGUUACCUGUUGAUGGUCAGCCCGUUAGUGGUACUUUGAGGUCAUGGAGCAAGUUUCACCAAAGAGAUAUUUGGGAAUGGUGUCAUGAACUUCUAGGCGAGGUUCCCGCCGGCCACGUAGGGACAACAAAGUUCAACAUAAAGCUGAAGUGGCUCAGAACUCGUCUUCAGCAAAUGCCGCUUGACUUAGAAGAUAAUGGCCUCAUGCAGUACGCAUGGUGUUACAUACUUUACUUGUUGGGAGGAGUGCUUCUUCCAGACAAGGCGAACAACACGGUGCAUGUUCGAUAUCUGUCGUUAUUGGCUGACUAUGAUGCCAUCUGCACCUACAGUUGGGGGAGCGCCGUCCUCUAUUGGUUAUAUCGUGCUAUGUGCUUAGCAACAGAUCCCAGUGUUGAGGGUAUGGCCGGUUGUCAUACGUUGCUCAUGUCGUGGAUAUACUACAGAUUACCUUUCUUCGCACCGAAUGUCACGACAGUGUAUAGUUUCCCUUUAGCCACAAGGUGGGCAGGCAAAAAAGGACAAAAUGACUAUGCUGAGCAGCACUUAUUGAGGCACCGUCUAAGGUUGGACAAUCUGCAGGUGGAUGACGUUGGUGCUGGUUGUUAUUAA